GUAUUCAGCGGCCCUGGACGAAGCGGCGCAUUCCGCCGAGUUGAGGGCUCGCCAGCAGGAGAUCUCAACCGCGAAGGCAGAGCUCCAGCAGCAGCUGCAAGCAGAGAAGGCGAAGGUGGUUGCGGCAGAGGAAGAGAUCUCCCUGGCGAAAGAUGCAGACAAAGCACGUGCCGACAAGCUGAAUGAGAAGGUGACCACGCUGAUCGACAGGCAAGUGGAGCUCCAGACUGCGGAGAAAGAGUAUCAGGAGGUGGAAGCAAGUGGCCGCUGCGAGGCCCAGACCGGCGAGGAUCUGCGUGAGGCCAUGCAGAAGCAUGAGCACAUCACCAAGACAGUGAUCUCAUCCCUGCUCGUGGGCACCUGCACUUCCGGAAAGGUGAAGUCGGAGUACCUCGAAGCUUUGAGAGGUUAUCUUCAGGAAAUCCAGGUUGAGAAGACGCUGGUGGCUGCAGCAGAUGGCCUUGGUGUUGCCCCUGACAAGCGCGGGACGUUCGACAAG